AGACAACACCAGAAGAUCAGAAAUGUCUGUUGCCGUCGACGCCAUGGCGGCCGCUGAGCAGCAAAUCACAUUGGAGCACCAACUUCGAGAGAAGGUUGUCAAUGAAGAGUUCAAAAUCUGGAAAAAAACAGUGCCUUUACUUUACAACAGUAUUCACACGCAUGCGUUGAAAUGGCCACUGUUGACGGUUGAUUUCAGUCCCAAGUACACUAUUUCAGACGACAAAAAGUCGUUGGAAGUUCUUUUUGUCACGGGCUCAAAUACUUCCCAAAGAGAUCAGGACACGGUUUCAUUACGCACGAUUAAUUUGCCUUCCACCAUGUCACCAGAUUUUGCGUCAUUUGGUACCGGCGAAAAUAUUAUUGUUUCAGAAAGCGCGUCCAAUUCUAUUGACUUGGGUGUUAAGCGUUUGUGGUCUCAUGCUGGUGAGGUCAAUAGGGCCAAGUUCUCCCCCAUCGGUGAGAAGUUUGUCACGUUCGAUAACGCAGGAGUGGUUCAUCUUUACGAUAUCAAUCAGGAAAUGCCAGUAGAUUUUAAGUUCCACAAAACAGAAGGCUACUGUUUAGAAUGGGUCUCAGAAAAUCAAUUUCUUUCUGGAGCCAACGAUUCCCAGAUUGCACUUUGGAAUGCGUCUUCGCCAGCUGCACCCGAGAAACAAUUCAAUACCCACACCGCUGUAAUCAAUGAUAUUUCAUUCAGCAAGCCGGCGGCAGUUCUUUUUGGGUCUGUUGCCGAUGACUUUACAACUCAAAUCCACGAUCUUCGAACUACAGAGGACUCACCUGCCAUUAAAAUUGUCGAGAAACAUUUACAGAAUGCCAUACAACUUCACCCGGAAAUUGGUCAUCUUUUUGCUACCGGUGGAAAAGAUAAUUUGGUCAAUGUUUACGAUGCCAGAUUAACAGAUCGACCAAUCAGACAGCUAUUUGGUCACAAUGAUCUGAUUUUUGGCUUACGCUGGGACAAUAUCGAUCCUUUGCAAUUAUACUCUUGGGGCCUAGACAAACGGGUUAUUUCCUGGGAUUUGAACUAUCUCACGGAGGAAUAUGCCCCGCCUUCAACUGAGUCUCAGGAAACAAAGAAAAGAUCUAAACACACUGAAGACCCAUGCUUGCAGUUCAUCCACGCAGGUCACACGAAUCGUGUCAAUGACUUCGCCGUGCAUCCAAGCAUACCCAACCUUUUUGCAUCUGUAGGAGAUGAUACGCUUCUCGAGAUCUACCAACCCAAGACUUUGAGAGAGGGAGACGAAGAUGAUGAAGAUGAAAUGGCAGAAGAGCAGGAUCCUGAAGAGAAUGAAGCAGUGAAUGGAGAAGCGGAUGCCGCCUCUGGUACUUAUGAGAAAAAAGAUGCCGAUGAAGAUAUCGACCAAAUUGUUGAUUCGCCUAAGCUAGAAGAAAAGACAAAUUUUACCGCGGACAAUGGUCUGCACGAACAGUUUGGUAUCAACAGUAAGCCCGCCGCUCAGGAAGAACACUCCAACAGCGAUGUGGACAUGGCGGAAUAAACGGUGCACACUUAUUUGCGACUGAUGCUAAAUCAAAUACAUUGACCACGACAAAAGCUUUUUGAAGUUACGCCGUGUGAACGAGGCCACAGAGCUGUCCUAAGUAUUAAACCUCCUGAAAUUUUGGCUCACACAAUUUGUUCUCUAUAUAAUUCCUGAUCACCUUUGAAAUCCCCAAAAUUUCAAUCAAAAUUGAUCUCUCUAUUGGCUAAUAACAAUUUGGCCCUCCAUAGUAAUUCACUUUUUCCCUAUGCACGUUUUAUACACGCCG